CGAGGCGCCUCGGCGCUGGCGAGGGCUGCAGCUGCCUCGGCGCCGGCCCGGCUGCCUAGGACAUGUGGGGCUCCCCAGGCCGGGGGCGGCUCCCUGCUUCCUCGGAGCUGAGCUGCGGGGCCUUUGGAGACUGACGACAGACCACUGCUUUCCAGAAACAAUGGGUGUCGCUAGACCCAGCUGGGACUCUGCCAGGCUCCGGCGCUCAGUCUGAGUGAAGGGCCCUCCCCAGCCCUGCUCCCCCUGCCUGUCAUGGCCACGCUCGGCUGCUGUUUGCUUGUCUGGGGACAGAGGGCGUCCAGCCCCAGCCCUGGGGGGUUAAGCCAGGCCCUCUGGCUCCAUUCCGCAGGGGAACUCCGGGCACCAGCCGCCUUUCAAAGAAAGAGCAACUGAUGCCAUGGGAGAGCCCCUGUGCACCUGUCCACUCGCCUGGCACUGUCUGCUCUGAGACCAGGGCAUUAGGUCCCGCUGGAGGUGCCGACUCUGCACACCCCUCCCCGUCCCCCGACACUGAGGAGGCCCUGCCCACCCCCGCCAUGUGUGAGGUGAUGCCCACAAUCAACGAGGGGGACCCUCUGGGGCCCCCCCAUGGCGCCGAUGCUGACGCCAACUUUGAGCAGUUGAUGGUGAACAUGCUGGACGAGCGGGAGAAGUUGCUGGAGUCCCUUCGGGAGAGUCAGGAGACCUUGGGGGCCACACAGAGCCGCCUUCAAGAUGCCCUGCAUGAGCGGGACCAGCUCCAGCGCCACCUUAACUCUGCCCUCCCUCAGGAAUUUGCCACCUUAACUCGGGAGCUGAGCAUGUGCCGGGAGCAGCUUCUAGAGCGGGAAGAAGAGAUAGCAGAGCUGAAAGCAGAGCGGAAUAACACAAGGCUGCUUCUGGAACAUCUGGAGUGCCUGGUGUCCCGCCAUGAGCGGUCGCUGCGGGUGACCGUGGUGAAGCGCCAGGCCCAGUCACCUUCAGGGGUUUCCAGUGAGGUGGAGGUGCUGAAGGCCCUUAAGUCGCUGUUUGAGCACCACAAGGCUCUGGAUGAGAAGGUGCGAGAGCGGCUCCGGGCGGCUCUGGAGCGGGUCACCACCUUAGAAGAGCAACUGGCAGGUGCCCACCAGCAGGUGUCUGCCCUGCAGCAGGGGGCAGGGGUUCAGGAUGGAGUGGCCCAAGAAGAAGGGACUGUGGAGCUGGGAUCAAAACACCUGUGGAAGGAUGAUGUGGCCCAGAUGGAGGAGUUGCGGGAGCUCCUGGAGAAGCAGAACUUUGAGUUAAGCCAGGCCCGGGAGCGAAUGGUUACCCUGACAGCCACUGUGGCUGAACUUGAGGAGGACCUGGGCACAGCCCGCCGGGACCUCAUCAGGUCAGAGGAGCUGAGCAGCAGGCAUCAGCGGGACCUCCGGGAGGCUGUGGCUCAGAAGGAGGACAUGGAAGAGCGAAUCACCACCCUGGAGAAACGUUACCUGGCUGCUCAGCGUGAGGCCACCUCCAUCCAUGACCUCAACGACAAGCUGGAGAAUGAGCUGGCCAAUAAGGAGUCCCUGCACCGCCAGUGUGAGGAGAAGGCCCGGCACCUCCAGGAGCUCCUGGAGGUGGCAGAGCAGAAGCUGCAGCAGACGAUGCGCAAGGCUGAGACGCUGCCGGAGGUGGAGGCCGAGCUGGCCCAGAGGAUUGCGGCCCUCACCAAGGCUGAAGAACGGCAUGGCAACAUUGAGGAGCAUCUGCAGCAGCUGGAGGGGCAGCUGGAGGAGAAGAACCAGGAGCUGGCGAGGGUGCGCCAGCGGGAGAAGAUGAACGAGGACCACAACAAGCGGCUGUCAGACACCGUGGACCGGCUGCUCAGCGAGUCCAACGAGCGCCUGCAGCUCCACCUCAAGGAGCGCAUGGCGGCCCUGGAGGAGAAGAACACGCUGAUGCACGAGCUAGAGAGCUCCCAGCGGCAGAUCGAGGAGCAGCACCGCCACAAGGGCCGCCUGUCUGAAGAGAUUGAGAAGCUGCGCCAAGAGGUGGACCAGCUGAAGGGUCGAGGGGGGCUGUUUGUGGACGGCACCCGCUCCAGGUCACCACAUGUGGGCAGUGCAGCUGACGUGCGGUUUUCCCUGAGCACAGCCACCCACGCACCCCCCGGUCUGCAGCACCGCUACUCAGCGCUGCGGGAGGAGUCGGCCAAGGACUGGGAGCCAUCUCCACUGCCUGGGGUGCUGGCCGCCACAGCUGCCCCUGCCUUUGACAGUGACCCUGAGAUCUCUGACGUGGAUGAGGAUGAGCCAGGGGGUCUGGUGGGCUCUGUGGAUGUUGUCUCCCCCAGCGGCCACUCAGACGCCCAGACCCUGGCCAUGAUGCUGCAGGAGCAGCUGGAUGCCAUCAACGAGGAGAUCAGGAUGAUCCAGGAAGAGAAAGAGUCCACGGAGCUCCGCGCUGAGGAGCUUGAGACACGAGUGACCAGUGGCAGCAUGGAGGCCCUAAACCUGGCCCAGCUGCGCAAGCGUGGUUCCAUCCCCACCUCUCUGACUGCCCUGUCCCUGGCCAGCGCGUCCCCUCCACUCAGCGGCCGCUCCACACCCAAGCUCACCUCCCGCAGUGCUGCCCAGGACCUCGACCGAAUGGGGGUCAUGACUCUGCCCAGUGACUUGAGAAAGCACAGGCGGAAGCUGCUGUCGCCAGUGUCUCGGGAAGAGAACCGAGAAGAUAAAGCCACCAUACAAUGUGAGACCUCUCCUCCUUCCUCACCCAGGACGCUGCGGCUAGAGAAGCUUGGCCACCCAGCCCUGAGCCAGGAGGAAGGCAAGAGUGUUUUGGAGGACCCAGGCAGCACCCCCAGCAGCAGUAACAGCAGCCAGGACUCCUUGCACAAGGGCGCCAAGCGCAGGGGCAUCAAGUCGGCCGUCGGCCGCCUGUUCGGGAAGAAGGAGAAGGGCAGGCUGGUGCCGCUGAGCCGGGACGGAGCCACGGGCCACGUUUUGCUAACAGACUCCGAGCUCGGUCUGCAGGAGCCCAUGGUGCCUGCCAAGCUGGGGACACAGGCAGAGAAGGACCGGCGGCUGAAGAAGAAACACCAGCUGCUUGAAGAUGCCCGCAGAAAAGGAAUGCCCUUUGCCCAGUGGGACGGCCCUACUGUGGUGUCCUGGCUGGAGCUCUGGGUGGGGAUGCCUGCCUGGUACGUGGCAGCCUGCCGGGCCAACGUCAAGAGUGGUGCCAUCAUGUCGGCCCUGUCGGACACAGAGAUCCAGCGGGAGAUUGGCAUCAGCAAUGCCCUGCACCGCCUCAAGCUCCGGCUGGCCAUCCAGGAGAUGGUGUCGCUGACCAGCCCCUCUGCCCCGCCCACUUCCAGGACUUCUUCCGGGAACGUCUGGGUCACCCACGAGGAGAUGGAAACUCUGGCAACAUCCACUAAAACAGACAGCGAAGAGGGCAGCUGGGCUCAGACCCUGGCCUAUGGCGACAUGAACCACGAGUGGAUCGGGAAUGAGUGGCUUCCCAGCCUGGGGCUUCCCCAGUACCGCAGCUACUUCAUGGAGUGCCUGGUGGAUGCCCGCAUGCUGGACCACCUCACCAAGAAGGACCUGCGGGUACACCUGAAGAUGGUGGACAGCUUCCACCGAACCAGUCUUCAGUAUGGCAUCAUGUGUCUGAAGAGGCUGAAUUAUGACCGGAAGGAGCUGGAAAAGAGGCGUGAGGAAAGCCAGCACGAGAUGAAGGAUGUGCUGGUCUGGACCAAUGACCAGGUGGUUCACUGGGUCCAGUCUAUUGGGCUUCGGGACUAUGCGGGGAACCUGCAUGAGAGUGGCGUGCACGGUGCCCUGCUGGCUCUGGAUGAGAACUUUGACCACAACACUCUGGCCCUGGUCCUCCAGGUCCCCACGCAGAACACCCAGGCACGCCAGGUGAUGGAGAGAGAGUUCAACAACCUGUUGGCUUUGGGCACAGACCGGAAGCUGGAGGAUGGGGAGGACAAGGUGUUCCGCCGCGCGCCCUCCUGGAGGAAGCGCUUUCGGCCGCGGGACCCCCACGGCGGCGGCAUGCUCGGCGCCUCGGCCGAGACGCUCCCGGCGGGGUUCCGCGUGGCCACCCUGGGGCCCCUGCAGCCUCCGGCGGCCCCGUCCAAGAAGAUCCUGCCUGAAGCCGGGAUGGCGGGGGCGCAGAGACUGGAGACCUCCACGGUUCGGACCUACUCCUGCUGACCCCGCCUCCCGGCCCGGGCCUGACGGGGGUCUGCCCGUGGCGCGGGCUCACUCCCACUAUCUGUACGGACACAUGCUCUCCGCCUUCCGGGACUAGCCACGGCCCCAGACAAGGCCCCCAGCGCGGGCCACCGCCUCCUGGGUUUCACCAGCUGGCCGGCCCUGACUCCUCCUGCUCGUUCCCCCGCCUCUCACGGCUCCUGGUCGCAUCUGUGACUUCCCAGUUGCCCUGGACCUCGGAAUAUACUCGUCCACCCCCUCAGCAUCCCACUACCCUGGGGCCCCUGGGGUCCCACCCUGUGCCCUUUGUCAGUCUCUUGUGGGUGUGGCUGGGUCUCCCCGUGGUCUCACCCGAUUUGCCUUUGCUUGGGACUCUGGAGGGAGGGAGAGGAUGGCAGCCCAGGGUGGGUGUGACUCCACCCUCCCUCUUCUGGGCCCAGCCUGGCCUGGCAGGACUGCCACUGCCACCAGAGACCAGGACACCACACCAAGGGCUGGGGAUAGUUCUUCCAAGAAAAGGGCACUAAAGACUUUGCCCCGUCUGGGUACUUCUCCUUCAGGUCCCUACCCACGUCCCAGCAUUGCCCCUCCCUCAGCUCCUCUGUCCAACUGUGCCUCCUGCCUCCAGGCCUACUUGGGGGCCAGGAGAGCUGCAGAAGGCCCAUUGUCCUUCAGGAUGGCGAGGCUGGGGAGGAGGAAGGCUAAGGGGGAGAUGCCGGGCCCUUGCUUCAUCUCAGGAAUCCCAAGUGUGAGUUUGGGAAGAAUCUGAGAGAAAUGAGCCUCUGAGCUUUGGGCCAAGCAUAAGGAUAUUUCGUGAAACUCUCAGCCCUCCCACCCAGUGAGAGGUGCAGGCAGGCUGGCUGGAGGGCGAGCCAGUGGCCUGUGCCAGCCUUAAGCCCAGAGGACAGUGGGAAUGCCUUCUGCCCCAGCUGCAGGGUAGAGAUGCUGCUGGGCUGGGGGACUGUGUUGCUCUUGCUCUGGCACAGAACAGAGCUAACCAUGCACUGCCAGGGAUGCUCCCAGAGUCCUUCCUGUGCUGUCCCCACCUGCCCUGCUGCUUUAGGAAUCCAGCCCAUAGGCGAACCCGAUGGGUGGGUUGAAUAGACCUUGACUUUCAAAUCAGGUUUGGAAAAAAGGUAGUCCGAGGCUUCUUCCGCUGUGUUCUGGGGAGAAAUACAUCUUCCUCUUCAGGGAGUCAUGUCCCAGAUGCAGGAAAUCCAAUGUUAGUGAAGAUCCUCACUCUCCUGCUUAUCCUCAAAUUGCCCGCAUCUUGUUCAGGUUCUUUUAGUGUGUGGGGAUUGCCUCCUCCAGAAAUUCCUGAGACAUGCCAGCCUUCACCACUUUGUGUUUCCCAGCAGCAUGAUGGGGUAUAGGUCCUGGUUUGGUAGGAAUGUCAUUCUGUCCUCUUCUCACACCUCCUCAUUCUGCCAAGGUGCCUGGAAGUGUUUGGGACCCAAGUUCAGAGGGAAUUGACAGAACCCAGGGCUUCCUCCAAGUGAGAGGAUAGGAAGUGUCUGGCCAUGCUUCCUGGAGAGGCUGGCAUGGUGCCCUCCUGCAGGUGGCCAAGCAGCUGGCUUGCAACCCAACCGACUUGGCUUCUGGUGGGGGCUGGGCUAGCAGGUGGGAUAAUGGGUCAGAGCAGCCUGUCUGGGGGAGCAGUGGUGGAGCCAUGGCAGUGCAGUACCCAGAGCCGCUGCUGCUCCUCAGCAGAGGAGGGUCCCCUGGUGGGGGGCUGUGUGAGCUCCCCAGGUGUGGGUAAGGCAGCCGCCUACACUGGCUCUCUCUCAUUGCACCCUGCCUUCCCUGUCAGGGUGGGGCAGAAAGUGUUCUUAAGCAGAGAAUGAACUGCAUGGAGAGGAAGAGCCCCUAUCUCUGUGUAAUGGGUGUUAAGAUUGUAGAGACUCUUCAGAUUCCUAAGAUGGGUGGAGUUGGGGACGACAAAGUCAUUUGAAUUCUUCAGAGGGCUCUUGAUGGACUAGCUGAGUGGGAGAUUCAACCCUGGCCCCUUCUGCACUACUUUUCCCCAUCAUGGUUGGUCAUUUCAUAAGGUGGCAGCUGGUGGGACCCGGGCCGUUCAGGGCACCUGAGGGAGCAUGUGCGCAGGUGACGGAGAAGCGAAGCCCGCGCAUAGAGCGGUGGAGGGCUGUAGUUUUGGUGUAACCCCUUGCCUCACAGUCGAUAUAUUUUUUAUCGGAGUCACCAAUGAGCUGAGCCCCUCCCCAGCCUCCUGUACAUCGUCAGGCCCUUCUCCGUACCGUCCCGGCGCAGUGCAUCAGGAGUGGGUGUGUGGGUGUGUGUGAGUGUGCGUGUGGUGCAUAUGUGCCAAUAAACAACCUGGUUUUCAGGCAGCGUACAAA